AUGGCUAAUUUCGCCAAUACAACCGCCGUUUUACUUCUAAUCCUAGACAACGUAUCAUUUGAAGUCUCAAUCUUCGGGUUUACCCGGGGAGUCAUAUCUACCCUGGGAGCCAUCGGGCACUCACUCACUAUCGGGACCUUCGUCUCCAUGGGGUUAAAAGACGGCAUCAACCUGGCCUUUCUGUUUCUCUCACUGUCUGACCUGCUGUACCUGAUCUCCAUCACAGCCGGGUCGUUCUCCUACGUGUUCAUUACCACAGAACUACUCACCAACUUCAAGGUGUGUUUUCUCAUCGACGCCUACGGUGUUACCGUUUUCUUCGUUAACAUCGCCAGUGGAUUCUACACGAGCGUCAUGCUGGUGACGACGUUUCUGUCCAUCGCUCGCUGCCUGAGCGUGGCUAGCCCGGUGUGGUUCAGACAACAUGUGAGCCGGAAAAACAUAGUCGGUACCUUCAUGGUCGUGUCAUGUUGCUUCUGUUUAUGCACGGCAGUUCCGGUGCUUGUCUUUAUGGGGAUUAGUCCAGCUUUUGAUUCCAGAACCAAUACAACCAGACCGAUGUUAUGGAUCUCGCCAAUACGGAAGUUCGUCACAAAUAUUACCUGGACACUUAUUGGAUCUGUAAUUCCAUUGGCUGUUCAAUUUAUCCUCACUUUAUGCGUUUUUGUGAUGACAUCGUAUUUAAAAAAGUCUUUACAGUUCCGCGUCAUGCACGCUGUUGUUCCAGCAAACACGAAUCCAAACGGAAACAUCAGCGAGAAUACGGAAGUAAAUACAGAGGUUAAAGAAAAGUUUAAAUUUAGCGGCAAAGAACUUCAGAUCAUCAAACAGCUGAUCAUAAUCUCAAUAGUUUUCAUUGUCUGCAACGUCCCAAAAAUUUCUUUAAACAUCGCGAAAUUUGCAGUUCCCGAGUUCAUCACAAAUGGAAAAUUUGGAAAACUGUAUGAAAUUUUGGACAUUGUUAGGGACACUUUCCAGAUAAUUAACUCCAGUUGUAAUGUAUUCGUGUAUUAUAAUUACAACUCCAAGUUCCGAUCGAUGUUUUGGAAAUGGUAUCGUUAA